GCGGCUCCUGUGAUCAGUAUAGUACGCUGGGAUCGCGCUGCAUUCUGGGGUAGGUAGCUGGCAAAGCUUCCUGAACCAAAGCGUCUUUUCAGUUUCCUGUGGUCUCCUAGACCUCGAGUUCAAGCGACUGCAGCUGCGCCGUCCCGAGAAUAAAACAUAAAGCUCUAUCAGGGUAGCACCGCCGCGAAAGAAGCAGAAAGACAGAGUUAACGCGAGAGCAGACCCUGCGAGUCCCGCCCCCCUGGACUUGGAGCUGAGGCGCAGCGCGCGUGCGCGAUUCGGCAGCUGUGUCACAUGACCCAAGCAGGGCGCCUGGUUGGCUGCAGUUGGGUUACCUAGACAACGGAGCCUGCGGCGCCGGGCGGGUCAGCACCAGUGGGUCUCGCGGGCUAAGCUGACCAGGUUUGCAGCGACGGUCACGCACACGCUCCCGGGCGACGACCGAGUCCACAGGCAGCAGAUGGGAGCCCAGGGCGCCGAAGAUGCGGGCGGUCCGGGCCGAGACGCCGGCGCGGGAGCUCUUCCGGGACGCCGCAUUCCCCGCCUCGGACUCCUCGCUCUUUUUCAACUUGUCCACGCCUCUGGCCCAGUUUCGGGAGGACAUCACUUGGAGACGGCCCCAGGAAAUCUGUGCCACUCCUCAGCUGUUUCCAGAUAACCCGUGGGAAGGACAGGUGAAGCAAGGGCUGUUGGGGGAUUGCUGGUUCCUGUGUGCCUGUGCUGCCCUGCAGAAGAGUCAACACCUCCUGGCCCAGGUUUUCCCUCCGGGACAGCCAAGCUGGUCUGACCAGAAGUAUCGCGGUUUCUUCACCUGUCGAAUUUGGCAGUUUGGACACUGGGAGGAGGUGACCAUAGAUGACCGUCUGCCUUGCCUUGCUGGGAGACUCUGCUUCUCCCGGUGCCAGAAAGAGGAUGUUUUCUGGCUUCCCUUACUGGAAAAGGCAUAUGCUAAGGUCCAUGGAUCCUAUGAGCACCUGUGGGCAGGGCAGGUGGCAGAUGCCCUGGUGGAUCUCACUGGAAGCCUGGCAGAAAGGUGGAGCCUGAAAGACAUAGUGGGAGCCAGUGGCCAGCAGGACAGACCCAGUGGCCGAGAGCAAAGGACUUGUCGGCAGCUGCUCCGCCUGAAGGACCAGUGUCUGAUCAGCUGCUCUGUACUCAGCCCCAGAGCAGGUGCCAGGGAGCUCGGGGAGUUCCAUGCCUUCAUCAUCUCAGAUCUGCGGGAGCUAUGGAGUCGGACUGGCCAGUGUAUCCUCCUGUUGCGAAUUCACAACCCUUGGGGCCGACGUUGUUGGCAGGGCCUCUGGAGAGAGGGGGGUGAAGGGUGGAACCAGGUAGAGCCAGCUGAGGCGUCUGAGAUGCUGGCACAACUCCAGGAAGGAGAAUUCUGGGUGGAGGAAGAGGAGUUCCUCAGGGAAUUUGACGAGGUCACUGUUGGCUACCCCGUCACAGAGGCUGGCCACCUACAGAGUCUCUACACAGAGAAGGUGCUGUGUCACACACGGGCACUGCCUGGCGCCUGGGUCGUAGGGCAGUCAGCUGGAGGCUGCCGGAACAACAGUUGCUUUCCCUGCAACCCCAAGUUCUGGUUACGGCUCUUGGAACCCAGCGAAGUGUGUGUGGCUGUCCUUCAGAGACCCCGGAGGUGCUUCGAGGGCCAGACCCGGGCACUGGUGGGUGCCGGUCCUGCGCCAGUGACUCUCCCCGGCAAGGACUACCAGGCUGUGGGCCUGCACAUCUGGAAGGUAGAGAAGCGGAAGGUCAGCCUGCCCAGAGUCCUGUCUUCACCCCCGGUAGCUGGUACUGCAUGCCAUGCCUAUGACCGUGAGGUCCACUUGCGCUGUGAGCUCUCCCCAGGCUACUACCUGGCUGUCCCUAGCACCUUCUUGAAGGAUGUGUCAGGGCAGUUCCUGCUGCGAGUCUUCUCCACUGGGAAAAUCUCCCUCAGUGCUGUCGGGCUGGCCACCAAGGCUCCGUCACCUGGAACAGCCCUGCCCGCAGGCGAGUGGGAGACUGUGCAGCUGCGGGGCUGCUGGAGAGCUGGCCAGACAGCCGGGGGCAGCAGGAACUUUGCCUCUUACCCCUGCAAUCCCUGCCUCCCCUUCUCCGUCCCUGAGGGUUCUGGUCCCCGCUACAUCCGCAUCACCCUACACCAACACUGCCGACUCAGUGACAGCCAGCUUCACCCCAUUGGCUUCCACAUCUUUCAGGUUCCCGCAGAUGGUGAGAACGAGAGUGCAUGUUCCCUGCUGCUUCAGGAGCCGUUACUAAGCUGUGUACCGCAUCGCUACGCCCAGGAAGUGAGCCGCCUCUGCCUCCUGUCAGUGGGGACCUACAGGGUUGUGCCCUCCACCUACCUGCCAGAUACAGAGGGUACCUUCACAGUGACCAUAGCAACCAGAAUAGACAGGCAGUCCAUUCACAGCCAGGAGAUGCUGGGCCAGCUACUCCAGGAGGUUUGUAUGCAGUACCCUUGCCUAGCUUGGUUCACCUACCUAUGUCUCCUUGGUGUCUGGGGUCUUAAUUCCCUCAUCCUCCUCCCAGUAGCCUUGCUGCAAGUGGCCUCUAUCUGACAUAUAAAGUGCUGUGACCCCCUCAUAAAGAGUCACAAGGCAGAGCUUUCAGGGAUUUGGGAGCUGAGACUGAGUCUUGUUCUCAGGUAUUUAGAAGGGCGGUGGGGAGCAGAGGGCAGGGCCCAGCCUUACCUUCUCUCCCUGCAGGUCUCCUUCAUGGCAGUGAUGAAAGCCUGACUCAGCAUCCAGGCACAUCUCCAGCCGGCGUGAGCCUAGGGCUGCCUGUGGAUCCGGAGGAGAAAGCCAGGCGCUUUGUCCUGGACAGAAGACAUCUCGGAGUCCAGUGUAGUCAUGUAGGCACAUCUCCAGCCGGCGUGAGCCUAGGGCUGCCUGUGGAUCCGGAGGAGAAAGUCGGGUGCUUUGUCCUGGAUAGAAGACAUCUUGGAGUCCAAUGGGUGCUGUAGUGGACUAGGACUCCCAAGUGACGUCUUCAUUCCUCAGUGAAGACUAGGAGAUUCCUGGUGCCCAGGCCUGCCAGGAAAGGCUCUGCAGAACCCUCACACCCUUCUUGACGUCAGGAGCCUUACACCAGGCAGGCAGCUGGUGACAAAUGUUGAAAACUGUUUAUUACUUGAAAUAUUUUUAGGAAUGACUUUAUAAAUAAACAUGAGUAAUUUA